CCCUCCCCCCGCUGCCCUCAUACGUCCCCAUGGCGACAGGAGGUCAUGCCCCCGAGACAGACGUGCUGGUCAACCUGCAUCAGGUUCAGGCAGAAGAAGAGAAAGCCGCUGGCGAUGGAGAGGAGGAGGAAGACUGGGAGCGGGCGCUGUCCGUGGAGAGGUUCGGGGACAUCAUCUCCGAUUCUACUGCCAGCGGCGGCGAGAAGAUGGGCCGCUGCUACAACGAGAAGGACUUUGAAUAUCACCGCCACACCUUCCACCACACGCACCACCCCCUCUCCACCCACCUGCCCCCUCCGCUGCGCUUCAGGAAGAGGGUUCUGAGCAUUGACCGGCGCAGGAAGAAGAAGCGCAGGAAAAAGAAGACCUCCAUGCCCCCCUCGGAGGUCACACCCACCAUCCAGGAAGUGGACGAAGAAGAGGCAGAGUCAGAGGCAGAGGGGCAGGGCCAGGUGGCCACGCCAACUGAGCAGGCAGAUAGCAAACCAAAGUUCAGCCUGGGGGGUGAGGAGGACCCGCCCCCCCCUCUCCCCUUCACCAGCUUCCACAUCGAGAACGAGAGCCCACCCACUCCCGAGGAGGCCACGCCCCCAAACCUGGAGCCAGAGGACAAAGCAGUGCCAGUGUUGGAGGACACCUUCCUCAGGUUCUCGGGUGCUCCGGAGCCUCCCAGUGUGCCGGGCCGUGGAUGGUUCCGGAGGAAGCCGCUGCACCGGGCGGCGGGCGCCCAGAGGCCGAGCUACGACCUGCGGGAGAGGAUCUGCAUCGGCAGCCUGACCGCCAUGGAGACCGCCGUGUACCAGAAGGUGCCCACCGACGAGGCUGAGGCCCAGAUGCUGGCCAGCGCCGACCUGGACGACAUGAAAAGUCACCGGUUUGAGGACAACCCUGGGGUGAGACGUCACUUGGUGAAGAAGUCUUCCCGUAACCAGGUAACCCGGACUAGCAACAGCUCACCCCCUACCUCUAGCAUAAAGAAGAGGACCAAAUCAGACAAGAAAGUCCACGAGAUCUUCGUGGAGCUGAAUGAGCUGAUCGUGGAUAAGAACCAGGACAUGCGCUGGAAGGAGACAGCUCGCUGGAUCAAGUUUGAGGAGGACGUGGAGGAGGAGACGGAUCGCUGGGGGAAGCCUCAUGUGGCCUCGCUGUCCUUCCGAAGCCUACUGGAGCUCCGCAGGACCAUCACGCAUGGUGCAGUACUGCUGGACCUGGACCAGACCACACUGCCUGGCAUUGCCCACCUGGUGGUGGAGACCAUGAUCAUCUCUGACCAGAUUAAAGCAGAGGACCGUGCCAAUGUGCUCAGGGCCCUGCUACUCAAACACAGUCACCCCAACGAUGAGAAGGAAGGCUUUUUCCCUCGAAACCACUCCGUCAGCAGCCUGGGCAGCUUCCACCGCAACCACAACCACAUGCCCACGACGGCCCUGCCGCUGGUGUCCGAGGACCAUGGCGAACCACGCGAAACCAAACCUCAGGACCAGGACAAAGAGAAAGCACUUCACCCCCUUCCUGCUGAAGUGCAUCCGGCUGCUGUCAGGUCCAUGAAACUCCUGGCGAAGAUCCCCAAGGAUGCUGAGGCCACCGUGGUCUUAGUGGGGUGUGUGGAGUUCCUGGAGCAGCCCGCCAUGGCCUUCGUCAGGCUGAAUGAAGCGGUUCUUCUGGAGUCAGUCCUGGAGGUGCCGGUACCGGUCCGGUUCCUGUUUGUGCUUCUGGGACCGAGCCAGUCCAACAUGGACUACCAUGAAAUCGGCCGCUCCAUCUCUACGCUAAUGUCUGACAAGAACUUCCACGAGGUGGCCUACUUCGCUGACGACCGCCAGGACCUCCUCAAUGGCAUCAACGAGUUCUUGGACUGCAGCAUUGUGAUCCCGCCCUCGGACGUGGAGGGAAAGGACCUGCUGAAGACUGUGGCCUCCUUCCAGAAGCAGAUGCUACGGAAGAGGAAGGAGAGGGAGAACAAGAAGUGCAUGAUGAGCUCCACAACGGGGGCCGACAAUGAGUCAAAGGAGGUGAGCUUGGACGAGCAGGAGGAGGAGGAGCAGGAGGUGGACCCUCUGAAGCGGUCAGGGAUCCCCUUUGGGGGUCUCAUCCACGACAUCCGCCGUCGUUACCCCCACUACCUGAGCGACAUCAAGGACGCCAUGGACACGCAGUGCCUCGCCGCGGUCAUCUUCAUCUACUUUGCAGCUCUAUCGCCCACCAUCACCUUCGGGGGACUGUUGGGGGAGAAGACGCACGGCAUGAUGGGAGUUUCUGAGCUCAUUAUCUCCACCGCCACACUGGGGGUGCUGUUCUCCCUCCUCGCCGGGCAGCCGCUGCUCAUUAUCGGUUUCUCUGGACCCCUGCUGAUCUUCGAGGAGGCCUUCUAUAAGUUCUGCCAGACCCAGGGGUUUGAUUACCUGACGGGCAGGGUGUGGAUUGGGUUCUGGCUCUUCUUCAUCGUCCUGGUGAUUGUGGCAGCCGAGGGGAGCUUCUUAGUGCGCUACAUCUCGCCCUUCACCCAAGAGAUCUUUGCCUUCCUUAUCUCCCUCAUCUUCAUCUAUGAGACCUUCUCCAAGCUGAUCAAGGUGUUCAGUGAACACCCCCUGCUGAAAAGCUACCCCCCGCCCAGCUCCCAGAAUGCUGUGGGCUUCGUAAACCUGUCCCAGGAGAUGGGUCUGCUGAACGCGCCCGUGCUGAACCAGCCCAACACCGCCCUGCUGUCCCUCGUGCUCAUGCUCGGGACCUUCUUUGUGGCUUACUUCCUCCGGAAGUUCAGAAACAGCCGCUUCCUGGGGGGAAAGGCCAGAAGAGUCAUAGGAGAUUUUGGGAUUCCCAUUUCCAUCCUGUUGUCCGUGAUUGUGGAUUACUACAUCCCUAAUACGUAUACAAAGAAGCUGAACGUGCCAUCUGGUUUCUCCGUCACAUCUCCGGACAAGCGCGGGUGGUUCAUCAGCCCAUUCGGAGACAAGGAGCCAUUCCCGGCCUGGAUGAUGGGCGCCUCUGUAAUCCCAGCUCUGCUGGUCUUCAUCCUCAUCUUCAUGGAGACUCAGAUCACCUCGCUGAUCGUGUGUAAGAGAGAGCGGCGACUCGUUAAAGGCUCGGGGUUCCACCUGGACCUGCUCCUCAUCGUGUUUCUGGGGGCGCUGUGCCCGCUCUUUGGCCUGCCCUGGCUCACCGCAGCCACCGUACGCUCCGUCACCCAUGUCAACGCUCUCACCGUCAUGAGCAAGGCCACCGCCCCCGGGGAGAAGCCCAUGAUCCAGGAGGUCAAGGAGCAGAGGGUCACCGGCAUGCUGGUUGCCCUGCUCGUGGGCAUGUCCAUUGUGAUGACGGACGUGCUUCGCACCAUCCCACUUGCUGUGCUGUUCGGGAUCUUCCUGUACAUGGGCGUGACCUCACUCACUGGGAUUCAGCUCUACGAACGCAUCAUGCUCAUGGUCACACCCGCCAAGCACCAUCCUGACCACAUCUACGUCACCAAGGUGAAGACCUGGCGUAUGAACCUGUUCACCCUGAUCCAGCUGGGCUGCAUCGUGCUGCUGUGGGUGGUCAAAUCGACCGUGGCAUCACUGGCCUUCCCCUUCAUCCUCAUUAUGACCGUGCCACUACGCCGCCUCAUCCUCACUCGCAUCUUCGAGGAGCGAGAGCUCAAAGCGCUGGAUUCAGAAGAAGACUCUCCCAAUUUUGACGAAGACGGCAGGGACGAAUACAAUGAGCUGCACAUGAAUGUAUAGUCAAACCACACAGGAGCACCCUGAAAACACCACUACAGCAACACUGAACUGGGUGGGGAUUUGGAGAGAGCACUUACUGGGUAUUGGGCAGGUGUGAGUCUGCCUGCCAUAGAGUAUAGUACACCGACUAAUUUAUUGUCCAGCACGCUUACGUGUUGGUGCGAGUUCGGAGAUAGGGGUAUUUUAUUUAUGUGGUUACGUUACUGUAUGCGUGAGAGUUGUUCUGCGACACACGGGUCUGUAAGGGAGGCGUACUCCUUUGUAUAUUUUGUUUGUUUCAUUUCUGUGUCUAGCUCAACAUUUUUUCACAAAAGUGACCAUAAGCUCUGUGCUUCACACGGUGCAAGACAUGGAUGGCUCUUUAGUACUUAUUUUUGUUUUACAGGCCAGAGCGUGUUCUGGUCCCUUUACUAAACAGACGCACGGGAGAGGUGUGUAUGGGUAAUGAGCAUAGGUGCAUUGGGGGCCCAGUGUGAGUGAGGCUCUGAGCAGUUCCUCUGUAGCUCAACCUGGACUCUAACACGGUGCUGGCAGGGUUGGGAUGAUGUGGUAAUGCUAAAUUUCAGUUUGGAUGAUGUGGUAAUGCUUCAUUUCAGUGGCCAUGAUGAUGAUGAUGUAACCAGUGGCAAAGCAUCCUGGGAGUUUCUCUUACCUAUAGAGCCGCGUAAUGUUAUGAGCACCCUACUGCUCUGGUCUUUAGGACCGUGACAGCGAUUCACGUUCACAUUACGAGUCUCCGCUGAAAGUGAUUCCCUUUUUUUCCCCUCCUUUCAAUUACCCCAAAGUAAUGCACUGAAAACUGCAUGUUUUAUAGAGAGAUAUUUUUAUGAGACAGAUUUUACUAUGUACAGAUCAGAUAAAUAUUAUAAUUAUGACUUUUAUGGACGUAGACAUUGGGCUCUAAUAGUGGAGUCACUGCAUGAUUGGUUUCCAUUACAUAUAAGCUGUUUUGAUAUUUAAAAUGUGACCACUAAAAUGAAGUUUUACCAUUCUUUUGCCUUUACACCAGACUAGUAAUUUGUGAAAUUCAGAAGUAGUUUCGAAGCCAUGGUACUAAUGUGUGGGUGUAUGUUUGAAACUUCCCUGUAUUUUAUCUGUAAAAAACGUUGCGUGGACACUUGCAUCAUAGGAGAAACUUGAAAUGACCAUGGAAAUGACUGGAGCUAGAUGCUCAUCCACUCACAUUCACAAGACAAAUGCGCUUGUGUUAUUUUCAUCCUCAUUACACACAACGAAGCCACCAGUGAAUGUCUAAUGUGUCUUCUCAGAACCAACCGCUCAGAAUUAUGGGAGCCUAGACACGUCUAAAAGUGUGUUGCCCUUCCUAGUAACAUUUGAACCAUUAUUUCAUCUUUGAGGAAAAAUUAGCCUUUUUCUGGGGGGAAAAUUUGAAUCUUGUUUUCUUUUUUUGGUCUAGAAUCUAAGAAUGUAGUGUGUCGACUAAAAACUAAUUAGGCAGCACUGAAGUGAGGCUGAACAGUCGCAAGAAAAAAGCGUAACUCGAUGUGGCACUGGGGUGAACAGUCAACAUUAAUCUGAGGCUCUGUUGCGUCGCUGAAAGCUUUUUUAAGGAUGAAUGUGUUGACUGAGACCGUACUUUUCAUAUAGCACCCUUUUGCAGGUAACUUAAACUUUGAUUGAAGCUUUCUUUUUUACUCUACCACGCUCCAGUCAUUUUAUAAAUAAAACCGACGAGCCAUUUUCCCCUGCUAUGCGCUGUACAUUGUGCUUUGCAGAAAGUCUUCAAAUAAAUCAGCCCUAUAGAUUGUAAAUAGUGUAAUGUUCAUCGAUUUCUUGCUUCUGACUUGUACAUUCAGCAGGCCACUUUGAUACUAUGACUCGAGAAAACCCACAUGGAGGGCAGUUUCAAUUUACAACACAUCCUACACAUCCUAAAAAACACUUACUCUAUUAAACUGUAAUAAUUUGGGUCGGGGUAUGCUAGGUUUAUUUUAUUGUAGUUUGAAAAAAAAUAAUAAUGGUGUGAAGUUCUUAUAGAAAGUAGUACUGCCUUAAAAGAUUGAGGAUUGUUGCUGUAAGUUGAGUUAUUAUCUUACAGUACAUGCUGUAUUGUAACCGCGUCCUUAAUUCAUGAAGUGAAGAAGAGUCAGUCUGUAGCUCUGACAUGAGGAGAGUGGGACACUUCUAGGUGAGACUCAGUGGAAUAAGAAUGAAAUGAAUGGAUGAUAAUGGUAAUGGAAGAGGUUACUAGCCACUUUCUCAACACAACCCCCAGCUAGCACACAAUAUAGUACUGCAGCAAGGUUGUCUAAGGUUGCGGCGAAUAACAAUUCUAUAUCAAUGUUUUCACAAUAUUUCUUCACCGCCAAAUCAUAACUUUCCACCUGUUUUAAAUACUGUAGUUCCAGAAUACAGCUGUACUUUAUUCCUGCAGAAUAAGGACGUGUUUACAACCCAAAUCACUAGACAUAACAAGCCAUAACUUUUUGCAAGGCUUAAACGCGACAUGUUGCUGCAACCUCGCGGUAAUGUUUUGAGGUGGUUGGGAACAGCUUCUCACUGCUGCACAUCUUGGAUUGUGGCAGCUGAUCAUAGAAGUCACUGCUGGUGCCAAAUGUUGCCAGUCUUGCAGGUCCUUUUAAAUGUACUGCAGUCCCCCUCCACGGUGUGAGAUCCAUUGGAAGAGAUGACCAGGAGAGGCUUACACGGCCUGUUUCUUAUUGUGUGCCUGCCAAACUAAAUGCGUCAAAGACAGUUCUGGUUAUUUUGAUCCAAUUUAUACAUGGAUUCUCCGAAAUGUUCUUUUGGAUUUGUCUGUCAGUUUAAAGAGGAAUGCAGGCAUUUGGAUUUCACUUUUCCGCCAUGAGAGGUGCGCCAGGCUAUCUUUACAUCUUUUCAGGAUUCUAGUCAUUUUCCACUCCUCAGAGAUAAUUAAUGUGUGCAGUCCUGGUGGUUUCUGUGGGGAGACUAGUGUAAUCGCUCUUAUUUUUUUAAUGAAUGCUUCACCGUUUGGAGCAUUAAGAAAAAUCUCAAUCAAAUUAACCACUGCAUUUAAUGCCACUUAAGACACAUGCACAGUAAACAAACAAUGCAGCAUAUCAAUCUCUAUGGAAAACAAAGACAAAACAAAAAACAGCACAUUAAAUCAAAUAUCACUUCAUGUUUGGUUAAUAUGACAGGUGCAGAUCUGGUUUCCCUUCUAAACCAAACCAGAGUUUAACGGCAUACAGAAUGUACAGUAUGUGUGAGGUCAGGCCGCCAUUGUUUUGUAAGUCUCUUCUGGUUUGUUUUUUCGGUUUCCCCGUCUCUCUAAUGCGAAGGAGCGUGUGCUCGAAUGUCUGGCUAAACAGUACCAAAUGAAACUGGGCGUGCUCCGGCUCAGACUCAACCCUUUGCGUUCUCACAAGGAAUGACUUCAAUCUGAGCCCUGACACAAAGGGAGAAUUCAAACAGGCGCUUUCGCCAGAGAGAACAACAAGCGGUCGGGGAGAGAAGGGCACGUCUCAAACAGUGUUGGUGGUUACCAUGGCGGCAGACAUGUUGCUGCCCAAAAUUGGGAAAUUGCAGAGGUGAAAGCUCUCUGCUUGUCGGAGUGAAAAGGUUUUUUUUUUUUCUGAGCGAGAGUGCACGUGCUCCUGUGCAGAGGACAACCUGGCACGUGCACCUGCACUAGCAGGGCUGAGUGCUCACAGGAAAACCAAAUGUCUGCCCAGAAAUCUCAUUCUCUGAAAGAGCAUAUUUGGACCCAAUGUUAUUGUCUUAGACACAGAAAGACAGCCAGAUCCUUUGUCUGGUUUCGUAAACUUGAGGACCAUAAAAUUAAACUAAAAAUGUUAAAAGCACAUUAAAAAGUGACAGCGGGCUACAGUGAACAUGUAAACCAACAGCAUCCUGUCUCCAAGACAAAGCGCAAUUGAGGCAAAUGGUGUUUAUAUUUUUGUAUUUAUUUAUUGAUUACACUUUCUGUUUAUGGAACGCACAGUUCUGUUUGACAAUAGGGUUCUCAUGGUCCGUGAUAAGCCGACAAUCAUUACAUGUGUGUUGUAGUUACUCUAAGGACAGACACAGUUGGUACGUGUGUGUUACUUGUCACUGCAAGGACAUGCACAAUCGGUCAUCCAUGGCAGGUUAGACCAGCCAUUUUCAUCCAGAUUUGAAUGAUGUUUGUUGCACUUUGAACCUCACUGAAUUGCAAUGAGAGGCUGGAAGUGAAUGGAACAAAAGAUACAUUUUUAUGUGAAUUAAUGAAUGGUAAAUAAUGUAUUACUUUAGCAUUAGCAAUACACUAAAAUAAAUCUAAUAUUCUGGUGGGUAAUUUAUUAGUAGUUCAAAUUGCAAUUAUUGUCAAAUUGUAAAGAGCUUGUUUCAAGCCAUUUAAAAGAUUUGUUAUUUUUUGUCCGGAAAUAAAUAUUUAUUAUGUGUUUCAAGUU